UUGCCAAUAAACGAUAAACUUCUGGACGAAUUAACUUCAUUUCCUAUACCAGUCACGCCGGCCAUUCCGUUGGUCGGAGCAGCACCUUGUAAUAAUUUGAGAUUUUUUGUGAUGUUCAUAGUACGUAAGCGCUCUCUUGGAGUUCACAUACAGAUACGUGACCUCAGUGUUGGAGGAUGCGCGGGGUUUUUUGCGAAUCACGCUAAAAAGAAAAACAUAGAUCUCGACGAUGUACGGCUUGCAGUUCAGAUGCAACUGGACAAGUCCUUCACAAGCCCACCUCCGAGAGAAGUGUUGUUAGAAUUAGCCAGAGUUAAAAAUGUCAAUCCAUUGCCGUUGGUGAAACCGCAUUGUGGAUUACGAUUGCCGCCAGAUCGUUAUUGCCUGUCAUCUUGUAAUUACCGACUCAAACAGGCGACUAAGAAAGUUGUGACCAAAGCGGCCAUACCCUCAGCCCCGACCAUCAAAACCGUCACCACACCUAAACCCCCCGGACAAAAUGUUGUGGUGAAAAGACCCACUGGUGCUAUUGUUAAUGUGACCUCUAAACCGACUUCAGUUCCAAAGCCUGUACUGAAGUUUACUUCUAGUAGCAAGGUGGUUGCCAAACCAGCCGUCAGAGUAACCGCGGGACCCUCAUCCCAAGGACCAGUAAAGAUGGAAGUUGACGAGGUCUCACACAAACGGAAAAGAGACGAAGAUGAUUAUGACAUGUAG